GGCACUGCCUCCACCUUGUCACCCUCUCAAGUCUUCAGCUGAUCCCUGGAUCACAUGAUGGAUUUUUCUGUUACUUUCCAGCCUGAUCUUUUCGGGCACACUUCACUGCAGCUCAGCCAUGGCCAAGGCAGCUCCACGCACUGUGCUGAUUACCGGCUGCUCCUCAGGCAUCGGACUGUGCAUGGCUGUGCAACUAGCACGGGAUCCAGAAAGGCGAUUUCAUGUCAUUGCCACAAUGCGUGACCUGCGCAAAAAGGACAAGCUGGAGGCAGCAGCGGGGGACACACUCAACCAGACCCUCACCAUUCAGCGCCUUGAUGUCUGUAGUGAUGAAUCUGUAGCUGAAUGCAUUAACAGCCUUCCUGAGAAGCAGCUAGAUGUGUUAGUGAACAAUGCUGGUGUGGGGCUCAUUGGGCCCCUGGAAAUGAUCAGCAUCGAUGCCAUGAAACACAUCUUUGAGACCAACUUCUUUGGUGCCAUCCGCAUGAUCAAGGCUGUGCUCCCUGCAAUGAAGCAGCGUCAGAAAGGACACAUUGUGGUAAUCAGCAGUGUCAUGGGAUUGCAAGGUGUCCCUUUCAAUGAUGUCUAUGCAGCCUCCAAGUUUGCUAUUGAGGGCUUCUGCGAAAGCCUUGCUGUGCAGCUCCUCAAAUUCAAUAUCUUCAUCUCUCUGGUAGAGCCUGGCCCUAUAAACACUGAAUUUGAGAUGAAGUUGAUGGAGGAAGUGGGCAAGUCUCAGUUUCCAGGAGUUGACGCCACCACUGUGCACUACUUCAAGGAGAUCUACCUACCAGCCUCGCAUGAAAUAUUCACCACCAUGGGCCAGUCCCCCGAGUCUGUGGCUAAGGCUGUGGUCAAUGUCAUUGCAAAAGAACGCCCGCCAUUCCGGACCCAAACAAACCCUCUGUACACACCAUUGGUGGCCCUAAAGUAUGCCGACACCUCUGGGGAACUGUCCGUCAGUGCCUAUUACAACCUACUUUUUCGCUUCACCAGGCUUUUUUACAUCAGCACAAGCUUCCUCAAAUGCAUUACAUGUCGGUGUUUUCGACGGCAGAUUACACCUACCUGAGACCAAGUGGACAAUGGCCCUGACAGUGUAUGCUCAUUCUUCAAAUGUCUGGCUCAACUACAACAACUAACCAGAUUCAGUUAUGCACAUAAGAGAUUUUACUAGGGACAAACCCAUUCUUGUUUUAAGGAUAGUAAGUCCUGGUGAUUGUGUAGUGUGGUGUCAGAGUGAUGGGAGGUGGCAGAUCAAGCAAGUUCUUCAGAACCAGCAGGCUGAUUCCACAGCAAUAUCAGAUGGUCCAAAUGUCCUCCUCAUGGAAACACACACUGGGAAGAGCAGAAGCUCACAAUUCCUCUUGCAAUGGUAAAUCAUAUUAUCUCCAUUAAAUGCAACUUAUUAACAGGAAAAUAAAAGCUAUGAAAUGUCUUGACUGAAAAUCCUGGACCAGCAUUCACUCCGUGGUCCCUUUACCAGUUUUGGCAUACCUACUUUUAAUGAUUAAAACUGGUCACUGGGAUGGGCAAUAUUUCUUUUUCAGAUUAGGUUUCCCCCUCCCCAAUUCAACUUUCCAACAGGUAAAAUAGCUAGUUGGCAAAAAUCAAUGGAUGACAUAAGACUAAAAUUCUUUAGCUCAACCUUUUUUUGUUGUUGUUUUAACCUUUGGAAGAGUUUGCAAGGAAGCUGCCAUUUGCCCAUCUCUGGAUUAGAAUCUAGCUGAUACAAAAGUUGAUAAUGUCAAAGAUUUUCACUCCAUUGCCUGCUCACUUGAUUCCUUUCCUCCCUGGUGACCUUUAUGGAUAUAAGGAAAAUCAUACUGCUCUUUUCCCAGACCUGUGUGAUUUGGGGGGGGGGAUACCUAUUAUGAGUAGACCUGACACCAUUCCACAAGUGAUGUUGUUGCCAAUUUUAAUAUGAGCAACUGUCCAUCAUUCUGAGCUUUGAUAUAGAAACAAAGUAGAGAGGUAAGGAUGACAAACGUGUCUGAUAAACCUAUUUGUGGAAUAGGGAGAUGGCCAUUUGAAUUACCUUUAAUGGGUCCACCAAGAGGUGCCGAUGGUGCUGUUUUGAGUUCCCUAGAAGUCUUUUGAAAUGGAGAAGCAAGUAGGAAGAAACUGUCCCUGCUUUAUGCUCUGACGUACUUAGAGAAGGGAUCUGGAAUGCUUGAAAACCUACACACAGGUUUGCGUCAUGUUGAUUGGCCCUAAUCAAAAUAUAAACCAACUAGAAUUUUGGUCUUUUGAGUGCACAAAUAUACCUCUGUUGGUAAGGUGUCUUCCAAGAUGGGGCUAAUAACUGCAUUAUCAUUACAGGGCUCUAGCUUCAUGUUUCUUUGGAUUGUCUCCAGAAAAGCAGAGCUCCAUUCACUGCGAAUGCUCAGACUUGCAGACAUACUUCUAUAGCAGUGGUUCUCAACCUG